CCUGGUUGGAUCCCUCCCACUUUGUGUGAGCUCUUAAUUGUCUGCGUGACGGAAACUUGCGUAAAGCUUAAAUACCGCGUGCGCCUCUCUCACUGGACUGGAUCUGAGCAACUUCUCCUAACAGACAUCACUCUCUCUCUCCUCUCCCUCCUUCUCCCUCUUUCUCUCACUCUCUCUCUCUCUCUAUCUCUCACCCUGCCGCGCGCGCGAGUGCUCCCCGUAUACCUCUCCUUGUGCGUCCUCCUCUCUCCCGUCUGUCCCUCUUGAACCGUCAGAGAGCAUGCAGGUGUCUCCGGCUCUCCUCGUCUCCAGCUCCGCGCUGCUGCUGCUGCUGAGGCUGCUGCUGCUGCAGGGAUGCUGCUGCACGGCCGUGAAGGGAUGGAAGGGACUAAAGAACGAUGGCACGGAGAUUUCACCAGAGUUCAGAGACAACAGUGGGACGCCACGGGAGACGAUGCUGCAGGCGAGCAACGGCGGCAACAACAGCAACAGCAACAGUAACAGUAACAGCAACAGCAACAGUAACAGCAACAGCAACAGCAACAGCAAUAACAGGCCAAACGCAGGGAGGCCGACAAACACUGUAUACAGUGCUUCGGAGCUGAGCUGCAGGGAGCUGCGUUCCACCCGCUACAUCACCGAUGGAUCCUGCCGCAGCGCCAAGCCCGUGAAGGAGCUGGUGUGCUCGGGUCAGUGCAUGCCCCCGCACCUCAUGCACAACGGCAUCGCUCGAGGCAAGUGGUGGAGGAAUAAUGCAUCGGAAUACCGCUGCAUCCCGGCCCACUCCCGGACACGGAGGGUCCAGCUGCACUGUCCCAACGGCAAUACUCGGACUUACAAAAUCCGCGUGGUCACCUCUUGCAAGUGCAAGCGCUUCAGGCCUCAUCAUAACCAAUCGAUGGCCAAGGAGGUCCCGAAGAGGCCGCGCAAUAAGAAGCUGAGCCGCUUGCCUCAAGACCGGAGCAAGAACAGCUCUCCUUUAAAUGGGAACUCAUACUGAUGCUCCUCUUUUUGCAUCCAUGGACCAGCACCAAAGGACACUCAUACACACGCACACGCUACACGACACACCACCUAACAGGUCUCCUGAAAAUAAGGAGAUGCAAGAGAAAUUUCAAAGAGACUAAGUUCAUAAGCUAACUGCUGGGCUGUUUCUGCACCAUCAGUCUUUAUUUUUCAGCCACUCAUCAGCAUAUUUGUGAACUUUGCUUUUGUGCAUGAUUCACUGCCAGGGCUUGCCACGUCGCGGACUGGUCAGGAGAAGCAGCAACAUGUUGGAUAACAGAAACCUCCAAACCUCCAAACCUCCCUGACCCUGGUUUACCCUCCGCUCCAACAGAUCUGAAUAGAGCAUAAUGAGAAGUCCUUCCUGAGAUAUCAAACCCAUCUGUACAAACAUCCAGCGGAUGCAGAACGAACGCUGCAGCGGUGUUUAAAGCUGAAAAGGUGUAUCCUCACUCCAAAGUGGUGGUAAUCCGUCUCCUUGUGGCUGUGUGGAGGUGGAGAUGGUGGCAGCUCUGGGGGCCUUAACGGUGGGAUGUUGACAGGUUUGAGAGGCCCUGGCUUGUGCGGUGGUCCAGGCAGUUGCUCUGACAGCCCACUAUAGGCUUCAAUCAUCAAGACGGUCCAACCGUAAACCCCACGCUCCACUGUGUGUGUUACAGUAGCAACUUUCCCACGAGUAGAUGCGGAGAGUCAGGAGCGAAGAGCUGAGGGGAGACAGUGGUUUUGUUGGCACUAAUGCAGCGUGGUCACUAAGCAGCAGAGGUGGCACAAGUACACAAAGUAAAGAGAAAAGUACUGAUUCAGUUAUUUUGAUUGGGGAUGUACAACAUGGAUUUCUUCUUUGUUUUUGUAUUUGAAAAUGUGACGUCUAUGCUCACCUGAGGGUAGGACAGACUAUAAUUUAGGGAGCAAAUAUGCACAUUUAUUAAUAUUCUAUUCUUACAAAAUCUGACUGAAAUCACAGUUUAACACGAAAAACAAAGAACAGUUCAGACUCUUGAUUUUUCUGCAAACCAGAGCUCUCCUGUGCUGCAAUAACGUCUUUCAUGCAACCACUGGGUCGUCACACUAAGCAUACUCACUGGACUAACAUCAGGAGUCCAUACAUCCGUGUUAAAACUUAUGUCCCUGACGUUGGAAAGUAGUGACGACUAAGGAUGCUGUUCCAAAUAUGCCAUUAGAUGGAGAAACCUUUGGAGGAGGUUGUUUCUGUCACUGGUUGUUUUCUCUCUGGUGAACUUUCUGCAGUUCUCAAACCUGCACUGCGGCACAUGCUGUUUUAUAGGCGCUAAUGCUAGCUGCAGCAACUGCUUCUUAGUAUUUCUUCAAUACACUUUUGUCAAGUCAAGUCAAAUGUAUUUAUAAAGCACAUUUAAAAGCCCAGUAGAAGCUGAACAAAGUGAUGUACGAUGCUUAAAAAACACAAUGUGAAACUAAAUCGAACCAUUAUUAAGAAAAAGAGAGAAAACAAACAAACAAAAUGCAACAUUGGGAAUGGAAACCUGAAAGAGAGUUUUGAGGCAAGUCUUGAAAGAGUCAGCAGAGGGGGCAGCCCUGAUUGUGGAAGGGAGGCUGUGCCACAGACGUGGGGCCUUAACAGCCCUUCGUCUGACUUAAAAGAUUUGUUGUCUUAAAGCUUGAGGACAUCUUCCUCCUCUCCGAAUACUUGCUGCACAUUUUGCAAAUUCCAAUCAUGCUAUCCUCUGAAACAAGGAAAAACAUCCCCACCAGCGACAACAUUUUUACUCUCUCACUCGUUCUUCUCUGCACGUGAUGGCAAAUUGCAUACCUUUUAUCUAUUGUUUUUAACAGAUAAAACAUUAUUAAAGUAAUAAAUCUGAUCAAAUAUUCCCCUCAUGCAUCCCUGAUUUUGAUAAAUUAAAAGUGAAAAAAUACAGGCAACAAAUUGCACUCAGUAUUAAAGUAAAAAGUAGCCUCAGAAAGAUAUUUCUACUGGCUGUUUCUGUGCAAAGAUAACUCAGCCUCACACUUUAUCUGGGAGACUUUCCAAAUAUGAUCUUCCCACCUUUUAUUAAAACACAGUUAAGUAAUGAGCAAUAACUCCAGUUCAGUCUGGUUUUAUAGGUCUUGCUGCUCUCAGUCUGCUCCAACCUUGCUUGUUCAUAGAGCUUUACAAGCUCUCCCCCUAGGUUACAACAUCACAUUCACUCAACUCCAGACGUCUGUUCUCCUCAGUUGAGUUUCUUGUUUAGUUCUUUGGAACUUUUUAAGUAGUUUUGGUCCCAUUACCUCUUUCAUGCAUGGUCUGCCCUGAUGAAAACACCAAGCUAGAGUCUUUGUUACUUGUUUUUGUCAUACAUAUCUCAGUUGAAGUUGAUCUAGAUGUUCCGAAGUUGCAAAAUGAACUGAUGCUUGCCAUUGAUACAGUAAAGCUACCGGAACAAGCCUGUUUUAAAGAUGUUAGGAGUAGUAGAAGAUUAAGAUGUCUGUGUUAAAAUGCUGGUGUAAAAGCAAAAAGUUUUUAGACCUAAACUCUUGAGAAAAGAAUUUGUGCUUCGUGACUUCCCACCUCUGCUUGGCAGUGCAUCCACUUGCUAAAUAGACCCAUUCUUCUGUGAGUUGCCUCAAAGAAGCCAAUUUUUCUUGAGAAAGCUAGUUCCUGUUUCCUAAAAUCACACUCAAGAAAGUGCACAAGUGUGUAGGAGGGCGACAGAAAGUGAUGCGUGGUUGUGUUGUUACCUAAGGGCAGAGCGUUUUCCAGCACACCCACACCGGAAUUUCUCCUGCAACGGGCCAAAUAGAGCAGCAAUCAGCUGUCCACAGCCAACAAACCCAUGCUGCAGGACUCAAUACACCUCCACUCUCCCCCACCCUCACUGUAAAUAACUCAAACAGGAAACACAGGAGCAGAAAUAACCUUCAUGAACACAAUAAUCCAGUUUUUAUCAUUGUAUGGACUGAUAAAAUCCAGCAGGAAGAGGAAGAGGAGAUACCCAGACAACCUCCUUCCUCAGAGUGCCUCAGUUGAGACUGCUCCAUGAAGAAUAUUCACAAUGCUUUUUCCACAAAUUGUCAGCACUCCCGUGUUCUUCUGCUCAUAUUGCUUCCUGAUUUCGGUUCUCUAAACCGUUCCGACAAUGUUUGCUUCUUUUUUUUUUUUUUUCUGAUUGUAUUGUUUGAAAAAAGCAACUGGAAGGUUUUUUGUCGUGUAAGCUGAGAGCUGUGAUGCAUAUUGUGAUUGUACAUAUCAUACCUGUGUGCUCUCUCGCAGCGACGUCCCUCACUCGACACGGUGUUGCAGAGAAGCAGGGAGGGAGCGGGGGCUGUUUCCUACAGACACAAAGAAGGACUGUUAUAAAAGAAUGAACUGCAUAUUUAUUUUUUAUUUCCACAUUUAAAUUAUUUAUGCAACCUUUUGUAGUAAAUGAUAGCCAUUAUUGUCAUAUAGUAUGAUAGAGAAAUGAAAUACUGUACAGUACAUGAAUAAAGUAAAGGAAGUUAUAUUUG